CAAGCAGUUCAAGUAGAAGGAAGAAGAAGAAGAAGAAUAAUUCCUUGCAAUUCUGUAAAAUCUGUUUUAUUUAACUGAGAAUGGAAAAGACGGAAAAAGCCAACAUGACAGAUGAAGAGCGUCUGCAGCUAGCAGCCAAACUGGAUCGGGAACUGGAUGAUUUCAUCAAUGGUCUGGAAAAGCGACGAUAUACCGAAGGAUGGCCCGAAGACCGCUGGGAGGAAGAAAUGGCCAAACACCCGUUUUUCAUGCAAAAACCUCCCGAACCGGGCGAAGAGCUCAGCCCUUUGAUGCAAGGCCUCGCUGACCUGAAGUACGAUCCAGAGGAAAACACUGCCCAAGAACUUGCGGACGCUUACAAGGAAGACGGGAAAUUCUACAUGAAACACAAGCAGUUUCGUAUGGCCGUGUUAAGCUACACGGAAGCGUUGAAGUUCAACGUAACCGAUCCGGACUACAAAUCGAUACUGUACAACAAUCGUAGUGCAGCACAUUUUUUCAUUAAAAACUACCGAUCGGCUCUACUGGAUGCCCAAAAAGCUUUCGAACUUAAACCAGACUACGAUAAAGCUCGCUGGCGGGCGGCCCAAUGCGCUAGUCUGCUGGACAAAUACGACCUUUGCACGGAGCUUUGCGAUCAGAUUCUGAAAAAUGAUUCUGAAAAUUUGCAAGCGCUAGAAUUGAGGAAGAAUGUUGUCAAUAAGAAACUGACCAAGGAACGAGACAGUCGAAAACUGGCCCAUCUAGAACGCAAAAAGUUGGAACAACAGACCCAAACAGUGGAGCAGCUCCGUCAGCGAGGUAUAAAAUUCGAAGAGCCAGGAGUUUUGGACAAACCGAACAAAUUGAGGCCACGCCUGGCCCCGUUGGAAGAUUUUAUGGUAACAGCAGAUGGAAAUGGAGUGCUGCACUGGCCGACGGUGUUCUGCUAUCCGCAAUUUCUGAGCAGCGAUUUUCAGCAGCAGUUGUCCGAAGAGUGCACAUUAGACGAAGUUUUGAUCAACUUGUUCGAAGAGCCCCUCGAAUGCGACAAAGAAGGACUGUACACUCCUACCUGUGUGAAUGUAUACUACGAAAAUAGACUAGCAGGGCGUGUUUUCAAAGUUGAAACUGCAAACACCAUUAAACAGUUAUUGCAAGAAAAAACGUUCUAUGUUUACGAUGGUACACUAACAUUCUACAUACUACCGAAGGCAUCGGUUUACGAGAAAGAGUUUCUCAACCAAACUAGGAUUCCGCUACGAUUGAAUAAUUAAGGUUUGAGUUUUUAUAUUUGAAAAAAAAAUGAAAUUUAAUGUUCAUG